AUGAGACGUCUAAACCAUUUCGCGCUUGUUCGAAUCAACCACAACAUGGAUUUUCCGUCAGAAACAAAAACUAUCACUUGUGGAUCGCGGCGUAAAUGGAUGUACAAAGGUGAAGUCGUUUUCAAUGUUGGAUGCUACACAGGCACACGGGCAGAUUGGAUCCAAAAGUCCGAAGAAGAGGAAAGAAUUCGAAAUUGGAUGGGCGAGCAUCACGGAGCUAAAGAGGAUCAAAAGGAUUGGACAUGGGGCAGCACCCAGUAUGAACAACAAAAGAAAAUGCAGCGAAUGGCUUCCGAAAUCCAAAAUCUUUUGGUUAACACCGAUAAUAUG